AUGGAGAGCAACACUUCAAUGAACUUGUCCAACGACGUUGACUUGCCAUCGGAACCUAUUCCUCUCAUUAGGAUCAUCCUCGGGGUGAUUCUGUACAUCCUUGUACUUAUCACAGUAUGUGGGAACCUACUUGUGCUCUUGGCCGUUUACAAAGACAAACGCCUGCAGACGGUAUUCAACUACUACAUCGUAAACUUGGCCAUCACCGAUGUCCUUGUAGCUCUGACGGCAAUGUCCCUGUAUACAACGGACAAUAUCCUCGGACACUGGCCUCUCGGCAUCUUCAUGUGCGGACUGUGGAUCUUCUUCGACUACGGUAUGACGUUUGCGUCUGUUUUCACUCUAGUGGUCAUAUCACUUGACCGUUUCUGGUCAGUUCAAUGGAGCAUCCAUUACCGGAAUCACCACAACAAGAGGAAGACGCUCGUUGUCAUAGGUAUCAUUUGGUUGUUCAUGCUGAUCCUAUGGCUGCCUCCCUGCAUCACCGACCGCAUCGCCCACAGCGAACCCGGAGUCUGCAAGUGGGAACCGUCCGAAAACAAGGCGUUUGUCAUCGUAAUUGCAACAGUGGGUCACCACGGCGCCUGUGUGAUACAAAUAUUCUGUUUCUUGAAAGUGUUUUUGUUCAUGAAGAAACGUGCGAAACUUGGUCCUCUUUCAAAGCCAAUCACCUCGUCCAAACCAAAACCAUCCGUCCACGAAGACGCCAACUCUAGAACACCAAUUCUGCUCGAUCCAGCAAAACUGCAAGCUUCCCAAGCUAAUAACGACGCCCAUGACAACCCAAGUUCCGUCUCGACCAUUAGCGUCGUUCAUGACUGCGACAACCCAACCUCAACAGUUGAAACAGGGCUCCCUGCACAACCUUCCACUUCUCUCAAACCCCCCAAUCCCCAUUCUAAUAAAUCGGACCACAGUUCAACAGACAAGCGAGAGCGGAAAGUGUUUGUGACAUUGACCUAUAUUUUAGUUGGAUACAUGAUAUGUUGGGUCCCCUUCCACAUCGUAUUUGACAUCAGCGCCUUUGACCCGGAAGCUGUUCCAGAGGUCAUCUACACCAUAACAUUUUGGCUGACGUAUCUCAACUCAACCAUCAACCCUUUCCUUUACAAUUUUAGCAGUCCCGAUUUUCGUCGAGCAUUUAAGAAAAUAUUAACUUGUAAAUGAAACUGUAACAUUGUUACUUGUCUGGUGUCUCAAACCUAUAUGACUUUAAGCAAACUAACUAUUGAAAUUAAGAACACCCGACAAGAGCUUAGGGAAGGUCAAGUGUGUAUGUCAGUCACAAACCGGAUCGGGUGGUCAGGCGCGCUGACCUGGUUGAUGUGUCCUGUGUAGUAUUAACAUUAAGUGUGGUAUGGGAUAUAUAAAAC